CCGGCGCAGUGCGCUCUGCUUGGGGAGGCGGAGGCGACGCUUCGGAGGAAAGAUGGAAGACUUCCAGGCUGCGGAAGAGACUACUUUUGUUGUCGACGAAGUGAGCAACAUUGUAAAAGAGGCUAUAGAAAGUGCCAUCGGCGGCAAUGCCUAUCAGCACAGCAAAGUGAACCAGUGGACCACAAAUGUGGUAGAACAGACUUUAAGCCAUCUCACCAAGCUGGGGAAACCAUUUAAAUACAUUGUGACCUGUGUAAUUAUGCAGAAGAAUGGAGCAGGAUUACACACGGCAAGUUCUUGCUUCUGGGACAGCUCUACCGACGGGAGCUGCACCGUGCGAUGGGAGAACAAGACCAUGUACUGCAUCGUCAGCGCCUUCGGACUGUCCAUCUGACCUUGUCCGCCCGGCUCUUCCUCCUCCCGUCCCAGCGUUUCUCUUCCGUCUCCCUUCCCCACCCACCGGGAGUCCAGGGCACACCUCUCCUGUCCUCUCCGUGUUUCCUGUGGCGCUCCCACAGUGCAGAGAAGAGACCGAAUGACCGCACCACUCCACGACCAGCACACCCCCGGUCAGAGGGCUCGCUCACCUCGGGCAGGCGAAGGCCGGACCGCGCCUGUGCCAUCUCUGAACCUGUGCCAGCUCAAAGGUGCUACCGCUCCAGUCCGCGAGCCUGAAACUUUCUCUGCUCUCUGAAGUGAUCCAAACACACUAAUUCUCCAUACUUUGUACUUUUGUUAGAAUAAAUUAAUCCAAUUUAAACUUUGAA